AUGAUUACUUCACCCUCGGCCACUGCUGCCACUGCCACAGCAACACAAGAGAGGCCGCUCCCAUAUCGACAACUAUUGAUCCUAUGCGGGUGUCGUUUUUCGGAACCGAUAAGCUUCACAGUAAUUUUGCCAUUCAUAAUAUUUAUGAUCCGGGAUUUCGACAUCACUGAAGAGAAGAAUGUUGGUUACUAUGCUGGAAUGAUUACUUCAGCAUUCGCUAUGGCACAAUUGAUGACUGGCAUCUCAUGGGGCAUGCUAUCUGAUCGUAUUGGGAGACGUCCAGUGAUCUUGAUGGGCACAGCAGGCGCUAUGACUAGCAUCUUACUUUUCGGAUUAUCAAAGUCAUUUGCAUGGGCGCUUAUCUCUCGUAGUCUUUGUGGAUUGCUGAAUGGCAAUGUGGGCGUGCUCAAAUCCAUGGUAUCAGAGAUCACAAUCAACAAUUCAGAAGAACAACGAGCCCGGGCUUUUACCUACCUACCCCUUAUUUACGGCCUCGGAAGCAUCAUCGGACCCGCAAUGGGAGGUCUCUUGUCCAAUCCUGUCAGAAAUUUUCCUUCAAUCUUUGGACGUGGUGGAUUCAUUACUGAUUUCUUCACCGAAUACCCAUACUUUUUACCAUGUUUCAUUUCGGCAUUGAUAUGCGCAAUCAGUCUCACAUUUGGAUACUUUUAUCUGGAUGAAACGUUGUCGACCGUGUUGAAAAAGGAAGAAGAGGAGGAGGAGCCACUCAUUCAAAACAGCCCUUCAGAUGAUGGUUAUCGCACGUUUGAGGAAAGCCAACGUCUUUCAGCAUCAUCACCCACGCCUACGCUCCCUGAUGAAUCUCGUCCACCACCUACAUUUCGAGAAGCCAUUACGCCAGCUGUACUUGCUAUCAGUAUAUCAUAUGCCCUUUUCUCUUUCCAAGCUAUCUACUAUGAUGAGCUCUUUCCAAUCUGGUCAGCAAGUCCACGAAACAACGGUGGUCUUGGCUACAGGGCAGAUGAAAUAGGAAUUGCAUUGGCAUAUUGUGGUAUCGUCACUUUGAUUCUACAGCUAUUCUUCCUGCCCAAGCUCACUGCACGAUUCGGCGUCUUGCGAUUGUAUCGAUUUGUGUUAGCAGGUUGCAUACCAUUGUAUUUCAUGCAAGGAUACGUUCGAUGGUUUUACGAGAUCCCGGAUCUUCAUGGUGCCAGACAAACAAAAUUUUGGGUGUGGGUGGGCAUCCUUAUCACAGCCACUUUCAGGACAUGUUAUCAUUCGAUAUCGUACACUGCAUGCACUAUUCUUGUCAACAAUGGAGCGAAACGCUUAAACACUUUGGGGACUGUCAAUGGGUUUGCUCAAUGCUGUGGAAGUGCUAUGCGUGCGCUAGGACCAGCAACAUGUGGCAUGAUAUGGUCAGCAUCUUUGGGUUGGACUUGGCUUCCUUAUGAUAUACGGGUUCAUAUCUCGUGGACGGUGCUCACACUUGUUGGCAUACUCACUUACUACUCGAGUACACGAUUAAACCCUGCCGAUUAUGAAAAGUCAAAGUUUGUAUCUCGUGAGGAUGAUAUAGCUCAAGAUGACGAGGCCUGUGUAACCCAUCGUUGCGCAUAA